AACGCGCAUAUUUUCCGUUACAGGAUGAUUCGGAUGACUAAUACAGAACUGGUAGAAACUUUCGUUAACCAACCACUUGAACGAUUGGCUGGGAUAUAUUUUGAAAAUUUGGCGGACCUACACAUUUUUAGGGACCAUUGGAAAUUUAUAAAUUAUGUUAAUCUUACACCGUUAAAAGAAAAAGUAUUAAAAUUUUCUUUAAAUAAAAUUGACCUCUUAUGUUAUAGUAAGUACGGAUACGAUAUAACAUGCUCAGGAUUGCAAGAAUUAGAACGCUUACAGCGGGGAUUGGCAAGCCUAAAGGCUGAUAGGGAAACCAUUAACGAUUUAAUAGGUCGAUAUAAUAACAUAAAAGACGAACAUAGAUGGAAACGGGGCGUUUUUGAUUUUGUUGGUCAAAUAGCGAAAAUUCUGUUUGGUACAUUAGACUCAUCCGAUGCCGAAUAUUACAACGAACAGACAGACCUUGCGUAUAAUAAUUCAAAACAAGUAACGAACUUGUAUAAAAAACAAAUAAGUAUUAUUCAAGCAGCCAUAGGUAAUUUUUCAAAUGCCUUUGCGGAAAAUAACCAAAAAUUUAAAGAAGUAGAUUUUAAUAUAGGAGAACUUCACAAACUCAUAUUAAAAGGAGAAGAAAAAAUAAAUGAAGCACAAUUAAAUACUAUGGUUAAUUCAUAUCUAAUAGAAUGUUCUGAAAUGUUACUUGAAUAUGGAUUAGAAUUAGAAAUAUUAACCGAUGCUAUUUUAUUAGCACGUCGAGGGUUAAUUCAUCCAAAAAUUCUUACACCCAAAGAAUUGUUUAAUAAUUUAAAAGAGACCCGUUAUGCAGUAAAUGAUAAACAGUUACCCGUACCUUUGGAACCUGAUCAAUUUACUAAUCUAAUAGACGUUAGCGAUAUAAACAUAUUUUAUAAGAAUCACCGAUUAAUUUAUGUUAUCGAAAUACCUCUAAUCGAACAAAACAACUUUAUUUUAUAUCAUGUGAUUCCGUUAUCAAUCAAGCAGGGCGAGAGGGGCAUUUAUGCAUUCAUAAACCCUAUUUAUACUUAUUUAGGUCUUAGAUCUGAUAAACAAUUAUAUACUCAUUUAACAGAACGCGAUAUUGAUAAAUGUAAAAAGAUUAAUAAUGUAAUGAUUUGUAAACAAACGGAUUUGCUAUACCAAGUCUCAGCGAUUCAUAAUUGUGAAUCAGAAUUAUUAAAGUCAGCCAGAUUAGAGAGCAUAUUAAAAGAAUGUGAUGUUCGAGUUAUGAAAAUUCACAACACAGUGUGGUAUCAAUUAAAAACUACGAAUUCUUGGAUAUACACAGCUCCUCGUAACGAAACUCUUCACAUCUUAUGUAAAGACAAUAAGCCGCGACAAACACAAUUAUUUUCAACCGGACUUAUUAAGCUUUCCGCAGAUUGUGAUGCUAUUUCCGAUAAUGCAUUGUUACGCAGUCAAACCAUAGGCGCUAUAAAUACUAUCGAAAAGGAUUAUAUUCCCGAUGUUAAAUUAAAUACUAGUAAAUUAUGCGAAGAUCUCAAGAAACAUAACAUAAAUAUUUCAGAUAUUCACUUAUUAAAUAUUGGUAAAACUCCUAAUCUAGACAUGCAAGUGUUGAAAAACCGCAAGCUCCGCUCUAGAUGAAAUUUAUAAAGAAGCAGAAGAGUUAGGCAAACAUCAUCGUACUCAAACUCUGUACCAUAAAGUUAUAGGAUGGUUUUACUGUGUAAUAUAUACCAUUGCAGGCCUAGUAAUUUUAUAUAUAAUUGCAAAAUGUUCAUUAAUAACAAAAUGUAUCGACAUUUUUAAACUAUGUUGCGUACCAAAAGAAGGAUGCGUUCAGUAUUUUUAUAAAUGUUUCAACAAUAAUGUUACAACUCGUCAUAAUGACCCGCGACACGUAGUAACUUUCACCGCAGUACCUACGGCAGAUGAACUUUUUCAGAACGACGAAACUGAAAAAUGUGAAAAGAAUAGUGGAAGGCGUCGAUCUCGUUCCCGUAAUAGCCGACUUACAAAUUUAAUGUAAUUUUAUUGCGUGCGAUUUUAGUAUGUAAGACCAUAUAUUAGUCUUAAGGUUUCAAUUUUAAUUUCAUUUAUGUAUCAAUCUGAAAUGGUGUAACUGUAUUAUGUAUGAACAUUAAUAGAUUAAGUUAUCAUGUCACCGUAAUCGUAAUUCGCUAGAUUAUAAGAAUUUGUCAAAUCAAGAAGGAUCUUUAAUUUAAGGGGAUGCUGGAGAUGGGUCUGUUUUAGCGAUUAAACGCGAUUAUCGUUUUUCUAAAAAAUCUUUUUGUUGAUUACACGGAAUUAAAAAUCCUUUUCCAGAAUUAAAAUAUAAACACUAACGGAGUGCGCAGUACAAAAGUUUAUAUGAAAAACGAACAAAAAUUAAAAAAUUACAGUUUUGUUAUCGACUCCUGCGGUCGACUCGUGAAAACAUUUACUGCUUAUAAAAGUUUUAGACUUUGUACGUACAAAACAAGCGUGCCUCGCACAUUGCAUUACAAGAAAGAACAAUUCUGUGCUUCUAGAAAUGAGCCCAGACGCUUUAGUAUAAUGAUUUCUUUGAAAGAAAAUCUCGUAUGUAUGUGUGCGUGUGGAACCGGUGUGAAGAGUGAGAUAGAGCAAUAGUUUAGUUGCUGGAUAAUGCAAUAUGCGGCGCUGUAGUCAAAUGUGCAGUGAAGUGCAUUGCAGGAUCAUAGGAUAAUAAUCUGAAUUAUCGACCAAAUUCAUUCAAUCAGGCCAAGUCGCACUCUUACUAAGACCAGGAGUUAUGCCGUAAAUUUCAAGAUGUUAUAGCAAAAAAUCUUUUUAUUGGGUACAUAGAAUUAAAUAUCCUUCUCCAGAAUUAAAGUAUAGACAAUAAUGGAGUGCGAUGUAAAAAAAUUUAUACAAAAAACCAAAAAAAGUUA